AUGGAGUUUGCGAUUUGCAAUCUGCGGCUGCAAGGCCAGCUCUCGACCGUGUGGCUACCCACCGGCUUUGCCUAUUUCGCCAGUCUCUGCCUCGGGCCUCGGUGCGCGGUGGGACUAUUUAUCGGGAACCUGCUAUUUAAUCUCUGGUUCGCCACGGCGCAGCCCGACGCGCCGGCGUGGGGGUUAGUGACGGCGGGCGCGGUGCUGUCGCUCACCAAUUCCAUGCAGGCCGUCGUCGCCGCGCAUUUCAUCCGCCAGCCCGCCGCUGCGCUCGCCGCCGCUGCUGCUGCGCUCCUUCCGCGCGCGUGCACGGCGGCGCCCGCCACAGAGCGCGGGGAUAGCGUGUUAGCGGCGGAUGACUGUGACUUGGAAGGCGGUAGCAGUCGGGUGGGGGGCGCGCGCGUAUGCUGCACUGGCAAGCAAGGCGCGGAGGACGCGGAGACGCGGAGCUGGGGGGACGAGGAGAGGGGCGCAUUUGGGGAGGCGGUUGGGGGGGAGGGAGAGGAAACGCGGGUGUACGAGGAGACGACGCCGCUGGAUAGCGCGCAGGACGUGGUGCAGAUGAUGGUGGUUACCACCGUCGCCGCGCUGAUCGCGAACGGCGUUCAGGCCAUCACCAUGGGGCUCUGCCACCUGCUCUCCGCCGCUGACUCCGCCAGGACGUUCGUGAUCUGGUGGCUGGCGGACUUCGCGGGCGUCAUCUGCUUCCUGCCGCUGCUCACCUACUCGCUCUGGUCCGCGCGCCACUGGAUCGUGCGCCCCAUCCGCCUGCACGGAUGGCGCUCUGGCUUUCUGGCGUGCGUGGUGUUUGUGGUGGCGGCGCUGACGAGCUUUGCGACGGCGCGUGGGUGGGGUCCGCUGCAGCGGUCGACAGCCCUGGCGUCGGAGCUGCAGGCGCAGGGCCUUGUGUGCGUGCUGUCCGUCGUGGGCGUCGUGCUGGGCGCUGUCGUGCGCGACACACGGCGCCUAAGGCGCCAGCUCAGGGCCAUGAACGCCACGCUCGAGAAGCAAGUGCUGCACCGCACCCUGCAGCUCACCAGAACCAACCAGGAGCUGGAGGCUUCCAAGAAAGCAGCAGAAGCGGCCAACCAGGCAAAGACGGAGUUCCUAGCAAACAUGAGCCAUGAGAUCCGCACGCCCAUCCACGGCAUCAUGGGCAUGACGCGAGUGGCGGCGGACACACUCGCCUCGCUGCAAGCACUGCUCGUCCCACCCCCCUCCACCAGUAAACCCCACACGGGCGCGCACGCGCAUGCCACACCUGCCAAGGGCAAACAUGCGCACAAACGGGAGGGCGCAGGAGCAGCAGCUGCUUGGGGGCGCAUGGGAGGUUCAGGAGGGGGGGCGGGGUUGGAGUGGGAGGAGGCGCAGCGGCUGGUGGGUGACGUGAGUUCGCACUUGGACGUGGUGUUUGAGUCCGCCAGUGCACUGCUGCACAUCGUCAACACCGUGCUUGACGUUGCCAAGAUCGAGGCCGGUCGCCUGCUGCUGCAGCGCAAGCCCUUCCGCCCCCGGGAGGUCGUGCUCUCCGUGCUGCAAGCCCUGCAGGUUAGCCGCUCGGACCACUCGCCCUCCUGCUACUGCCUCAACCAACGUCUCUGCCUGUGUGCAUCUCGCUCUUAUAUGCUGCUCUCUCCCCCACUCACGUCCGCUGCCAGCAGUGCAUGCGUGGAUUGUUCUCCCAAUGCCACCCUAUCUGUUGCGCACGUGACCUCUCACCCUGCCUGCGCACGCCCCUCCCUGAAUGUGGUGUGGCAGGUGCAAGCGGCGCAGAAGCGAGUGGCCCUGGCGUGGGACAUAGCGCCUGAGGUGCCGCGCACACUCGUGGGCGACCCCAUGCGCCUGCAGCAGUGCAUCAACAACCUCGUGGGCAACGCCAUAAAGUUCACGCACAAGGGCUUCAUAGAGGUGGCCGUGCACCUCUGCUCCUCGCCCACCGCUGCCCCCGCUGCCCACCCCAAGCACCUGCUUGACACAGACGCUCCACCUGCUGUGGCUGAGAGCGUGCGCAGUGAUGCUGCUGCUGACAGUGUUCAGGGUGGGCGCGAGGAGGACGGGAACGCGGGGAGGAGUGUGCAUGGAGAGGGGGGGGAUCUAGAGGCGGGUAAUUUAUGGUUGGCGGAGGGGCAGGAAAGCGUGUGUGAGGAUGGGAAGGAAAGGAGUCCGUCUAGCAGAGAGUCUGAUGGAGGGUCACCAUGCAGUGCAGCAGCAGCGGGGGGUGCAGGGGGUGAGUGGGAGCCAUGUGGCAGGGCAUCUGACAUGGUAUAUGAGAGACACACAGGCGGGCAGCAAGGAGACGUGCAGCACACACAGCAGCACGACCUCACGCAGUGGCAGCGUCACACUCCCACACACGCACGCUCACCUGCCGCUGCCCUGCCGCCUCUCUUUGUGGCGGGCAAGCCGCAGUGGCAGCCGGCAGCAGCAGUGCGCAUGGUGCCGUCGCCGCUCUUCCGCUCCUCCAGUGACCCGCAUGCCAUUGCACGCUACCUGCACGCCAUGAGACAGCGUCUAACAGACGUCUCUCGCCCCGCCGCCACUGCCGCCACUGCUGCCAUACCCAUGCCCGCUGCCUCCACCCCUCCUCCCACUGUCACUGCUGCUGCUGCUGCUGUUGCUGCUGCCGGCACAGCAGGUGGCGCCUCCCCCAGUUGCAGCCUGUCGCAGCGGUUGCUGGUAGCGGGGAAGCGAAUGGGGGGGCCGUUGGGGGCUGAGUGGGCAGGGAUGGGGGAUGUGCUGGCAGGCAGUGGCGACGGCACAGGGGGCGCUGGUGACGCUGGUGAUGGUGUUGGAGGGGAGGCGCGGAGAGAGGAGGCGGCACAGAGGCACGGUGAGCAUUGCCCGCAGCCCAGUGGGCCGCUCUGUAUCUCCUCCUCGCCCUCCUCGCCUUGCUUCCCCCCCAACCCGCCCUCCCAUCCCAUGCCGUCUCAGCGCCAUGCGCACGUGCAUCACCAGCACAGCAACACGCACUCAGGUAUUCUCUUCCACUCACAGCCGCUGCCCCCGCCCUCUGCUCGCCUGCCGUUCGCUGCUGCUCCCCGCGCCGCUGCCAGCACGGGUGACAGCGAGGCAAGGGGCACAGCGGUGCAGUUGAGGCAUGCUGGCCGGUGCAUGUCUGCUGGUUCCCGGGAUGCUCUCGCUGCUGCUGCCGCUGACCGUGCUGCCUCUGCUGCUGCUGCUGCUGCUGCUGUUGCUUUCGGCGAAGGGAGGGCGUGGGAAGAAGGGGGAGUUGUGCAUGACAGUGGGGUGAGUGCGGGAGCAGCAGCAGCUGCGGAGAAGCUUAGAGUGAAGGGGUGGUCGGCGGAGUGGGGCAGGCUGGUGAGGGGCCGUGGACCUACUGGCCGAGGAGGAGGAGUGAGGCGAGGCGAGGAGUGGGUGCCUCUCACUACAGGGUGUGGGGAAAGGAGCGAGGGGCGUGCAAGUGAUUUGAGUGGAGGCAUGGACUUAGGGGCGAACAGGGGAAGCAAGGGCGGGUGGGGUGCUGGAGAAGCAAGGCUGGGGGCAGCAUUAGGCGGAGCAUCGGCAUCAUCUGCGUGCCAUGGGUCGUCCACCAACCAGCAACAGCUGUUUCGCCUCUCCUCCUGCCACGCCCUGCCUACCUCCGCGCUCAGUGCUGCAACGCCUGUGGACGCGCGUGACAGUGCAGGGCACACAGGGGACGAUGAGGAUCCCGCAGCAGCAGUGGUGCUGCGCCGCGCCUCCACAGGCACCAAGAUGAAACGCCGCUUGGCUUCAGGGUCAGGGGGGGCGGGGUGGGUAGUGCAGGGGCAUGGCGGGGGGCGUGUGCAGCCGUGGGGAGAGGAGGAAGUGGGGGGGCAGUCGGCGCGGUGGGAGGAGAUGCUGCGGGGGCGAGGGCGGGCAGAGGUGCUGGCGCUGGCACGGCACCUGUGCAGCCGCGCGGGCAGCUCCAUGGAGUUCAUUGGGGGGGUCAGUGCUGUCAGGCCCGACGCCGCUGCUGCUGGCGGUGGUGGUGGAUCAGGGGUAGGUGAGAGGGAGGUGGGUGUGGGCGGUGAGUGGGGUGCGGUGGCGGACAGUGGUGUGUGGCCGUCGCCUGCCAGAGAGGCCAUGAGGAGCGUGGGCACGUGGACGCGCAUUGCCAGUGCUGAUGGUGGCAGGUGCUGCCAUACCGAUGGCUGUUUGCACGGCGAGGCGGCAGCAGCAGCAGCAUCACCACAGUUGCUCAGUGGCAUGGUACCAUCAUCAGGCCAGGCACACAGGGCGUUCACCCUACCACCCUCGGCUGCCCACUCUGCUGCAGCUGGAGGUUCAGAAUCAGCCCCACCAUCCCCGUUCCUUGGCGCUGCCGUCCCUGCAUCAGUGCCUCUUGAAGGGCCCACCACCCCACUGCACCGCCCUGCACCGCUGCUCUCAAUGCCGUCCCUGCCGGGUGACCCCUGCGCGCACCACGCCCGCACCGGCUCUGCUGUCAGUGCGCUGUCCCCUUCUCCCGAGGUGUGCGGCGACUCACAGAAGCUGCCGUGGAUGGCUGCACGGGAGGCAGAAGGGGACGACCAGGAAGGAGAAGGCGGGGAGGAAGAGGACGGGGAGGAGGAGGAGGGAGAGGAGGGAGAUGAGGAGGGAGAGGGCGAGGAGGCGGAGGAGGUGGGGGAGGAGGUGUGGCUGCAGGUGUCGGUGCGGGACACGGGCAUUGGCAUAGAGCGAGCGGUGCAGGGCGAGAUAUUCAAGCCCUUUGUGCAGGCCGACACCUCCACCACGCGCAUCUAUGGCGGCACUGGACUGGGCCUCAGCAUCGUGCACAAUCUGGUGUCGCUCAUGGGCGGCUCACUGCACUUGGCCAGCCAGCUCGCCACCACUGUGACUGCAUCUGUCUCGUGUGCAGCACCCCACUCACUCCCCAUCCCAUCGCUCCCCACGCCGCCCUCCUCUGAUCGCCCAGGCACUGCGUCCAUCCUCCCAGGCUCACCUGCCCUGCCUCACACCGUCCCAACACAAGGGGGUGCAGCAGCAUUGGUUGUGCAGUCCCCAGCACCAGCAUCAGCUGCAUCACACAUGCACGACCUAGGACCUAACAAGCCUCAAACUCCUCCCCUUGCUUCCACGCCAACUCCUGCUUCUCUUUCCCCUACACCUUGCGCGCGCCUCUCCUCCGCCUCUGCCGGGAGUGGCAGAAGCAGCGAGGACAGCACUGCAGCGGCUGGUCAGUCGGCGCUGGGGAAGGGAGGCACAGCAGUUGAGGCAGGGGCAAAAAGCCGAGCGGGGGGAGCAGGGGCAGGUGCGAGGGCGGUGGCGGUGGGGGGUGAGGGGGUGGAGACGUUAUCGGGGAUGCGCAUUCUGCUGGCGGAGGACAACGUAGUGAACCAGAAGGUGGCACUGCACCUGCUGCGCAAGGCAGGCGCUGUCGUCACUGUGGUGGGCGAUGGCAGGGCUGCUGUGGAUGCUGUCACUGCCGCCCAUGACGCAUUCGACGUGGUGCUCAUGGAUAUUCAGAUGCCUAUCAUGGAUGGUAUCGAAGCCACUCGCACUAUCCGACAGUGGGAGCAGCAGGAGGCCUCAAGUUUGCCCACUGCCGUACCUAGUUCAACCGGACAAGCAUCAGAGCAUCAUCAGCAACAAACCACGUGUCACAUGACGAUCGUUGGGUUGACAGCACACGCCAUGCAAGGCUACAAGGAGAAAUGCCUGACCGCUGGCAUGGAUGGCUAUGAUACAAAGCCAUUCCAGUUGCAUACACUGGCGCGCACAAUACAGAAUGCCAUUGCAUCUGUAAGGCCAUUGGAGUGA